AUGCCACCAGUAGAUGUUUUGAAGCUGGGCGCCGUGCUCUUCUGCUUGCUUCUUAUCAUUCCAUCGAUCUACUCAGCUCCUCUCUCCUCCUACCUGGUAUCAUCCUUUACCAGUCCUGACCCCACCCUACCAUUCAACCACAUCACCAUCAACAACAUCACUGGAGAUGUCUAUAUAGGAGCACGGCAGAGACUCUAUCAACUCAACUCAGACCUGACUCUCAAAUACUCUGUGGAUACUGGACAAUGCCCUUUACCAAAUGAAGAUAAUAUAAAUAAUAUCAAACUUCUUCUUGUAGCUCCAUCACCUAAGGAUAAGCUCAUCACAUGCGGUGGCUGUGAUGGUUUCUGUGAGACAAGAAGCCUGACUAAUAUAUCACAUGAUGUAGUGAGACAUGAGCCUUCCACUAAUCAGCUUGUUGUGACAACAUCAGAUGUACCCACUGUUGGAGCUGUUGUUUUAGGUGCUGACUUUGUAAGGAAUGGCGAGGGUACUGUAGAUGGUGGAUUGUACUUAUUUACAGGGAUCAGUGAUGCAUCUCUGAGCUUACGAUCUGUCUCAAAGCGCAGUCUUGUGGACCUGGGAAUUGUACAACAGACAUUAACACCGGAAUCUUCUACCACACAGAACAUUUGUAAACAUUUGAUCACUUACAUGGAAUAUCUCUACUAUUUCAUUUCAAGGGGAGAUUCUGUAUACUUGGGGCGACUGUGUCGUAAUUCAUUAGAUAGUAGUUUCGCAUCCUACACAGAGAUAGAACUACAGUGUGGAUCUCACAAUGUGAUCCAGUCUGCUCAUAUCGGACCAGCAGGAUCCCAGCUAGCUGACUCAUUCAGUAUUGAGAGUACCGAUGACCUUCUGUAUGCUGUAUUCACAAGGGAGAGUUCAUCUGCCCUUUGUAUCUAUAAGAUGAGUAAUGUCCAGCAGAGCUUUGAAGAUGCUGUCUUGGGAUGUAUCCAGGGAGACAAUAACGAGUUAGGAACAACAAACGACUACCUUCAAGACAGCUUUUGUUACUCAUUUCCUGACACAUACACUCCACCAGAUACAGCACAGUGUACAGCUUAUUUUAGAGAUGGGGAUGAACCUCCUGCGACUCAAUACCGGUAUGCCAGUGGUACAGUUCCCCUCUCUGCCUCACCCAUCUUCACCAUUCCUGAUGUGAUACCCACCUCCAUUGUGAUAACCAUAGAGAGACAACAUAAUGUGGCAUUCAUGGGAGAUACACAAGGAUACCUACAUAAGGUUAAUAUUGUGAAUAGCUCAUUUGGCUACGUCUAUGAGACUGUCCCUCUUGGAAGUGGAUCUGUUUUACAAGACACGUUUCUUGAUGAAUCUACAGAGCAGAUAACAUUGGCCACAAGUUCAGACCAAGGCUCACAGGUCCUGACAUUGGAUUUGACAAACUGUGGUCAAUACCAGACCUGCGAUGAAUGCAUUGGAGGAAAUGGAGGAAAUGAUGGAGACCCUUACUGUGGAUGGUGUACUCUAGACGCAAGGUGCACAAGAUAUGAGGCAUGCUUGUUAGGUGAUGAGUCAACUCGAUGGUUACCAUACAAUGCCGUACAGUGUGUAUCCAUCUCAGAUGUCCAGCCAAACAGUCUGCCUUAUCGUCAGACACAACAGGAAAUUACCAUCACAGUACAACAGCUCCCAGAUCUUAGGAGUAGCUUUCAAUACAUGUGUGCCUUUAACUCUUAUGAGGUCUCUGCUACAACUACCGGUAAUACUGUAACCUGUUUAUCCCCUCCUGCAAACAGCAUACCUUCAAUUCCAGAUGGAAUGUACUUCUUGAACUUGCCUCUGUCUGUUGUCUCAACUGAAACUAGUGUCGACUUUGUGACCACUGAUUACUUCUUCUUUGACUGCAGUCACAUUAAAUCAUGUUCAUCUUGUGUUAUGACCCGCUUCCCAUGUGACUGGUGUGUUUAUGAAAACAAAUGCACAGACGAUAGCAACUCAUGUCAAACGGGAGAUACAGUCGUUUUUGGAGUAAAUAAUCCUGAUGGUGCUGGAAACGUAGGACAGGGGUUUUGCCCUCAGCUGCUUGGAGCAACAGAAUCGUUUCUUAUACCAGUCAUGAUUUCUUCCGGCUUCUCACUUUCUGCAAAGAACCUUCCUACAGAUCAGUUAAAGGGCCCAGUAACAUAUGACUGCAUCCUUGACAUUGAAGGAGAAGAAGUGAGAGUACCUAGUACCACUUUUAAUGAAACCUACAUUCUCUGCAAUGAUAAACAGUACAUGUACAAUGAAAAUAUCCUCGAGAAUAAUAUCAGUGUCUCUGUAAAGUGGAAUGGACAGAACAGCAUAGAUGACCUGUCAGAAACGCAUGUCACCAUUUACAAGUGUUCAGUUAACAGUGGAAGUUGCAGUCGAUGCCUUUCCCGAGAUGCAACUCCAUCAAUCUUGAAGUGUGGUUGGUGUGGUGAUGACUGCAAUGUCAUGCAAAGUGAAGUUUGUCAGAACAACCUGUUUAUCCAUCAGAAUGAAACACAGUUAUGUUUAGCACCAGUUAUCACUGAUUUUGACCCCUUGUCAGGUCCUAUCAAUGGCCGUACAAGAUUAGAAAUCAUCGGAACCGACAUAGGAGUGGUAUUUGAUGAUGUACUUCAAAUUCUUAUUCAAGACUUGCAGUGUGAUUUGACAGACAUGGGCGAAUAUUACCAGCCAGGACAGAGUGUAAGUUGUAUGACAGCGAUAUCUACUGAAGUAAUAUCGGGAGGCAUUGAAAUCACGGUGGCGUCAGGGGGACGAUAUAAGACAGGACAGAGCACUAAAGAAUUUCAGUAUAGGGAUCCUGUGAUCACAGGGUUUAAUCCUAGAGAAGGACCCGUGGCAGGGGGUACAGAAAUCACUAUCAGUGGCAUGUACUUGGACACUGGAAGGGACAUUACUGCAAGAUUCAGAGAUGCAGACUGCAUAGAGAUUUUUGUUCAAGACGAAAUCGCAACCUGCAUCACAAGCAGCAUACCGGAGAAUGAAGAGGUUUCCGUAACCCUGGCCAUGACAUUUGAUGGAGAAGAAAGACAAUUCAGCGGUUACGACUUUACCUACAUGCCGAAUCCAAGGAUUGAAAAUAUUGAUAGAACAACAUCUAUCAUGUCAGGAGGUCCCGAUAUCACACUAACUGGCGUAAGAUUUGAUCUGAUCCAAGAACCCAGGAUUGUAGUUACAUCUCUCACAACUGAUGCUAGCAAUUCUGAGCUCUGCAAUGGAACAGAAACCAUUCUCACAUGUCCAACGCCAAAUUUUCCUAAUGAUGCUAUCCCUGCUAGAAGAAGACGAUCAACAGACGAUGCAAUGAUCGCGAAUUUAUUCUUUGACUUUGAUGGAUAUGUGAUUGAUGGCGGCACUAUUGAAUAUUUCCCAGACCCUGUGUAUGAAAACUUCAGUGGGAACACCAGAAUUUAUAAGAGUGCUAAUAAACGACUCGAGAUUACAGGCAUGGAUUUAACCUUGGCAAGCACAGAAGACGAUGUACUAGUUUUGUUAGGGCCUGAUGGAGAAUGCACUGUUGAUGAUCUUGAAAUUAAUGUCCUGCGUUGUCAGCUACCGGAUGACCAGCCUCAAGCAGGAUACUUAAAUGGAACACUAGGUCAGGGAGAUGCAAAAAAUCUUCCAGCUGUGACCGUUUUGCAUGGGAACUUACGAUUUUACCCAGGCUUUGUUUCAUAUUCGGCUACAAGUGACAGUGCAAUAUUACCCAUCAUAAUAUUUAGUAUGAUGAUGGGACUCAUUGUGAUCAUUACUCUGAUAAUCAUUCUGGUUUGGUGGUCAAGGAAGGAACAGCGUCACUUACAACGAGCUAGGGAAGAAGUAGAAAUGGUCCGUAGCAACAUGAUGAAUAGAAUACGAGAAGUUGGUAACACGAGCUUAGAUGUAUCCGAAGCUGACGACAGAACACAGAAGCAAGGGAUACCAUUUAGAGGACACGUCCACUAUUUGACAAUGAUGUUGUUUAAUGGGCUUGGUGUGCACCCAGAAACAACGGACCCUGAGUACAUGGAAGACUUUAUGGAACACUCGGUGAUAUCCUUCUACCGUAUGCUAAAGAAGAAGGAAGUUUUGAUAGACUUCAUCAGACAACUAGAGAGGAAGAAGGAAGGACGUGGUCGUGAAAGGGAAAUCAUCGCCUCUCUUUUGGCAAUAACAUUUGUCAGCGAGGGAAAAUCAAUCCACUUCACAGACGUCGUAAUGUCACUUGUUGAAGAUGAAGUCAGAAUGGCAUCCGAAUCUAGUAGAGAGAUGGACACACUAUUCACCAACACGGAAACAAUCGCAGAGAAACUGGUCAGCAGCUGGUUUACCUUGUUCAUGUUCUCUUACUUGAAGGUGUACGCCUUCUACCCACUGUACAUGUUGUAUCAAGCAAUAAAGACCCAGGCCGAGAAGGGUCCUAUAGACGAAGGGUCAGGAGAAGCAUACUAUACGCUUGAGUACAACAAACUAUUUGACCAGACGGUCGAAUUUCAUUCUCUCGGUCUAGAUGUUGUAGAUGAAGACGGUCAGGUUUAUCUUCAUGUGAAUGUCCUGAAUGUUGACAGCGUCAAACAGGUCAAAAAGAAAGUUCUAGAUUGUGCGUGGAGAAGGGGCUACUGUUUGCUACCCAGAGAUGUGGAUGCAGUAGACCUUGUGUUGGUUCAAACUCAUAAACAGUCCAUUCUGCUUCGGGAGACGUCUGAGGCUCAGGGAAAAACAAUUGCCAAUACAAUGAAUAGCUACGGGAUUCAAGAUGAAUAUCGUGUGGCACUAAUACCGAAGCAGCAUGGAGAAGGUGAUGGGUAUCAAGCUCUAGAUCUGAAGGAAGUUGCUUCAGACAAGUAUGUAUCCUUAAUGUACGUGACUGUUGAAGAUGUUCUCGAUUCGCACCUACCCCAACAAGGUUCAAAGAUCAUUCAUCUGAAGGACCUUGAACAAUCUAAGAUGAAGGAAAGUACUAUGCCCGACCACAUCCAACAGAAGAGAGCAGACCUUGAUCGUAAUCUAGCAUUUCCUCACAUGCUGACAAUGAAAGCGUCGAUCAGCCCGUAUGUGGAUGGUAUCUUCGAAGUAAUGUUCAAGAUGCCAGCAAAGGUACCUCUACCAAUCAAACUUCUCUUUGAUACGUUUGACGGACUUGCUGUGAAGUAUGGAGAAGCCUACGCGAAAGAUUGGAAGAAAAAUUGCUUGUCAAAUUUCUGGCGUUCAGUGCUCACCAACCUGCCAUCGUUGUUUGAGAUGCCGAGAUCCGAAACAGCUGAUAGUUGUGUAGACAUUCUUGCUGAUGCUCUCAAGCAUGCGACCAGGACCAUUUCCCUGAGACAGGGCGAGUCAGAUCAUCUACCUUACUACAACGAACAUCCCUUGCAAAGAAAAAUGGUGUCGGAUUACUGUAAUGAGAUAGCAAAUCAGCCAAAGCUUCGUCCAAUAAAACUGAAUAGAGCCUGCUCAAACAUCUCAAAGGAAUUUAAGGGCCAGUUCAGUCAUCUUUCGAACAUGAUGCACCUUUACAACCUUACCAAGACCGAUGUGGAAAACCUUUUCAAGUAGAUCCAGGAAAUCCCAGUAGACCGACAGCCUAUGAGACCGCCAGCCCAGUAGACCGACAGCCUAUGAGACCGCCAGUCUAGUGAACCCUCGGAGAAGUGGACAGAAGGCCCAGGCAGCCGAUAGUUCGGUCGCAUGGGCCGUUGGCUUCAUGGACUGUCAGUUUCUAAAAAAUUAAGCAGUAAACCGAAGCUGGACUUAUAGCCAAUAUAGACAUGCAAUAUAUAUACAUGCACUUUGUUUUAUUUGUGGGUUCAGAUAAAUGCCGGAUAAAGAAAAGUUGAUGAAAGACAAAAUAAGAGGAUCUUGGUAGAUUCGCAGAAGCUUUGCUUUUUAAUGAUUUUAAUAAUUAUGAUCAUUAGCUUAAAAUAAAUCGUUAUGAUAUUUUUGAUGUAGUGAUUUAUGUAAAUGUUGAUUUUUAAAACUGGAUUUCUGAUCUUGUUUUAAACCAAGAUCUUUUUCAGAACGGACAAUUAUUACCUUUAUGUACACUUGGGUCGAAAAAAAAUUGCGACGAGCAAUAUGGCCAAUCGCCCUGGAUAAAUGUUGACAGGAGGUACGAAAGGUUCAAUAUGAUGCUUUACUGUUAAGAAAUAUAUAUACUAGAGGUAGAUAUGCUUGAUAAUUACAUACUUGAUUCAAUGAAAGGAAAAUUAAAAACAAAAAUCUUCGACGAUCACACAAUUCGUAUGCAACUGAUCGCCAACUAGACAUUCCUGCAAAUUGGUUGUCCAUGGACGAAGCUAAUAGGGGCUUUUAGAUUUGCACGACGAGAACGUGGACUGCUACAUGUGACAUCCUUUUAAAGCAAUGUGACGUCCUUUUAAGGCAAUGCCUUAGAAGGACGUCACAUUGACUUCUCGUCGUGCAAAUAUAAAAGUCCCAAAUGUUGGUUGUCAGAAGCCGGCAACCAGUUGCACGCCUAA